AUGAAUCAAAACAUAGACAAUCCUUUAUCUACAACUCAAAUGGUGUCAAAUACUGGACACGAUAGAAGAAGUAUAGAAGCCAUACAUACAUAUAUGAGAAAUUCACAAGCAAAUCCAGGUAGAGCUGACGUGAAUGUUCGUCGAACCACCAGAUUCAAACGAAGCCAUUACGCUGACCAGGAAACAUACGCAACAUUGGUUGAUCCAUUAAACUGCAGAGAUGAAUUCGAAUAUAGUCUAAAGAUCCUUGAGCAACCCAAAUGUGCCCGCCGAUGUGGGUUCGGCGAGAAGGACCGCCGAAUAGUUGCCCCUAUUCCAAUUUUACAACUUGUUGUUCUAAAUAGGAAGAAUAAUCGUCGUGUACUCGAUGUUAGGGAUCAUUUUACCAACGGAAUGAUAGUAAAAUGUGAUAUUUUUAAACAAGACCACACGGAAGCUAAUCUAGUCAAUUAUACGUACGCUGGCCAAGAACAUCAAGGCUUUACUCUUGUCGGUAACACAACAGCGAGUGGGCAUCUAGUCGAAGAUUUUGAAGAUGCAGAAAGGAUGACAGUGUAUUUCGUGUUUGCGGAUUUGAGCGUUCGUACUGAAGGAAGGUACUCCUUCCAAUUUAGUUUGUUUUGUAUCAAAAUAUUCGAAGUGUCUACUGCAAAGAAUUUUCCUGGAGUACCAAGACGCUCUGGUUUGUGUCAAUACUUAAAAAAAAAGGGAAUAAAAAUGUAUACUCGUAAUGAUUCGGGAAGCGAUAACGAAAGUAAUAACCAAAGCGUCGGGACCGCUCAUGAACUGGAACAUACUAGAAAUCCUCAGUUAGUCCCGUCUAUCCACCUUGCUCGUGUGCCUUCCCCGUCAACCGAAUCAUACAACCAUCAGCACAUCCGAAACACUCAUGUUUCCGUUAUCUCAAUUUCGCAACUUCUUGAAUCUCAGGUUCCCCCAUCAACAACUAUUCAAGAGGUAAACCAGUUUGUCAAAAACUUAGAGUUUGCAUCAUGA